GUGACCAUGGCCAAAUUGCGGAAGCCAGAUUAGUCUUAUGUUUACCGUCGAAGUGUAAGAAUUUUAUUGACGAUACUUGGAAAAGGUAUCAGAAGAGUCUUUUCUAUAUCUUCAAGAAUCAUAAUGGAAAGCGAGGCAAGCGCCAUGGACCGCAUUCCGGACUGUUGUUUGUAUGAAGUGUUCUCGUACAUCCCCAUAAGUUCUCGGGUGAACAUCAUGUUGGUGUGUCACCGAUGGAACGAACUGGCGUCCAACCCUCUGAUGUGGCGGAGAGUAGCAAAACCUCGACUAAUUUCAUCACAAAUCUCAAGCUGUGCGUUAAAGAUGGCGAAUUGGAAAUUUCUGAGCGAACUUUACGUCCCGAAGGCUUAUGAUGUUCACGAUAUUAUUCGCACGGUGGCGCUGCGUUGUGCUAAAUUAAAGGUUCUGGAUAUCUCGGACACUACUGUGAUCUCUAAGGAUGUAAUGGAAUCGUUGUGUCAGCGAUGUACUUUACUUAACACUCUAAUUAUGAAAAAUUCUUACUUUCCCAAAAGCAUUAGCUACAUUAUCGCGCUUAGAUUAGUUGAAACGAAAAACUUGGAAUUCGUUGACAUAAAUGGUUGCUCAUGGAUUACUCCUAAAAUUUUCAAGCUUUUUUCAAACUGUAAUAUAUGUCCAUUUGAUCUGAUACCCGUGAAUAAUGAUAGAUACGCAAAUAUAGUGAAAGUUAUGGAUGGGAUCCAUUCUAACGGCUUCCUUAAACUGUUAAUCCAUGAGAAUUCCUUGCCCCUCUUGACAGCCUUGAAUGAAAUGCGUUCCGUCAAAUGUCUCUUUCUUAAAACAUGCAUGAGCGAUCAAGCAGCAGACAUACGUGAAGAAGUAGAAAUUAUUUUCAAAGCACUGCACAUGGAUCAGCUCGAAGGCGCGUUCUUAUUAGACACCACGCCUUCAAAUAAACUGCUACACCACGUUUUGAGCGCCCCAUUCCCACCAAGUUUGUCAUUCUUGAGUUUAUCCACGGCUAUUAGCAUGACAGAUGAUACUUUUAACCGUAUUGUUUCAGCUAUACCCCAUGUCGAGUAUUUGUGUUUAUACAACUUCAGCGAUGUGACAUCUUCAUCGUUUGCCCGUAUCUAUGAGUGUGUUAAUUUGGAAAUGCUUCUGAUAUGUGGUGUGAGUCUCCAACCGAACAAUUUCUUCGGAAUCUGUAGCCGCCUGCCCAAGCUUUGGGUGCUGUCGAUUAGCCAGGCAGAAAAUUUUCUUAAGAAAGACUUCGAAAUGCUCGAGAGUUCCAUCCUUCCAUGCAUCCUCAGCUAUACUUAAUAGAACUGCACCGAUUGGUUUCAAAGCGCAUUCAUUUGUUAUUUCAUGAUCAAAUAAUAUUUGAAGGACUUGUUUAUGCGGAAAAUAUUCCGCCUAGCGUUCAUCUCAACAAUUGAUGUUGGUGAAUGUUUUUGAGGAAUGAAAGCUAUCACUACAGUUUCAUGCCAUAAAUUGCGGAGAAAGUUUAGGUGAAUAACGAUGAUGGAUAGAGGAUUCUAGAACUAGUUUUUUACUCGUUUUUUAAAUUUUAGAAAAAAAUAUUUCGCUGAAAUGCUUCUUGGUUCCUGUAUUGUAUGCUCCUGAAUUUAAAUUUUUCAUUUAUCUAUCAGAGGCUUCAGUUUUAUUUAAUGCAUGAGACAUUCAGAUAACCUACAGACUAUAUAUUUAUUAUUAUAUUCCGGUAUUUCAUGGUAUACAUUUCAAUGCAUCAUAUAGACAUUUCACUGCAUAUUAUACACAUUUUACUACAUAAUUUAUACAGUUCCCUGCAUAAUAUAUACAUUUUACUGCAUCAUAUAUACACUUCACUGCACCAUAUAUACAUUUCACUGCAUCAAAUAUACACUUCACUGCAUCAUAUAUACAUUUCACUGCUUAAUGUAUACGUUUUCUUUGCAUCAUAUAUACAUUUCACUGCUGCCGGCUCACGGGUCGAGCCCCAGGGUUUUGACUGAUGGCGUUAAUAUGGAUUUAUUUACCAAAUACUUCGUGUAAAAUAGACGAUGUGUUGAUGAGUUUACUGUACGGCAACCAAAGGCCGCUCUAGCCACAUGCAAUGACGAGCGUUACGCAUUAAAUCUGCCUGGUCAUUUAUUCGGCCUUUAGUCAACACAAACCGACGCAAUUUACUCCGUUCAUCUUAUGUUAUUAAGUUUAUUAAGUGACGAAUGGUGAUGUUAAUUAACAUCUGUAUUUUAUUUAAAGACGAUGGUAUAUCGAAUGCCAUAUAAUCUGAAACUAGGCGAUGUUUGAUUUGAGGCUGAGUCAAAACUCUUUAUUGGAUAUAUAUUUAGAAACUUUUCUCUGUAUUUCUAUUAUUAUUAAAAUCCUCAUAGUUCGUAGCUUUUCUGUUUCAAGAUGACGUUUUAAAUUUUCGUCUUAAAAUUUUCACAAAUAAUCUGGACGUAAUUAAUCUUUAAUCUCGAUAUGUAAAAAUAAAUAAUGUAUUUUAAUGCUGUAUUAUAAUUUAGGUAA